AUGCGAAAGCACUUAUUACAGGCACGUAAGUAUAUUAAGGAUGAUCCUCGCUAUGCGAAGUACUCAUCAUCCGAGCAUAAAUGCGAGAAGGUAUACAAAGACUGGAUGAAGGAUCAGAUUUCAACCGCCAAGAACAACUUUAGAGCUCUUCUCGCUGAAACAAAGCUUAUCACUUACAAAAGUAAAAAACUCGUGGACGAGUCUGAAAGCCACUUAAAGGACAUUCUCAAAGUGCUGGAAAACGACAGGCGUUAUUUAGUUCUCUCAAGUCUCGCCGACGAACGGACCGAAAUUCUAACGGCAUAUAUUGAUGAGCUGGAUAGAAAGGGCGUUCCGCCACCGCCAACUGCAUCCGAUCCACAGCGUAGGAACAAAUAG